GUGCUGUAGGAACUGUAGUAUGCCAUCUUCCCUUAUUGUGGCUUCUGUCACCAUUGUAGACUGUGGUCACUUCCAGGGACCUGGUGCUGAAUGUGCUUACUUUAAGAUCCUGCUGAUCUAGCCUGCCAGUUUCUGUAGAAUAACCUAGAGCUGUCAGGGAGCCAGGGACUGUUUUUUUUUACACUCUCUGCUGCAGCCUGUGCCUUCUACAGAUUGUGUGGACAGCAGCACUCUGCUAGCAAUACAGAGGCACAGUAAAGUGGAAACUCCUUCUCCGGACACUGCUAAUAGGUACUCCAAGAGACUCCAAGGACGGCACACAGGGACCAGACAACAUGGGAGCAGCUCAUGGAAAGAAAAAAGAGUACUCCUUAGAGCACCAAUGUAUGGAAAAUGAAAAACACUUGAAUGGCUCUGGGUCCACCUACACAGGUCUGCAGAGGGAUCAUCACACACAUGGGAGUCCCGUGGCUCAGCCAGCCUAUAUGGAAGGAGGUGAUGAUCUAAUCAAACCCAAAAAGCUACAUAAUCCAGUGAAAGCUUCUAAAAGCCACCAGGAGCUUCACAGGGAGCUGCUGAUGAAUCAUAAAAGGGGUUUGGGAAUCGAGAACAAGCCAGAGCUCCAGCGAGUACUUGAGCACAGGAAACGAGAGCAACACAUUCGUCAGAAAAAAGAAGAAGAAGAAGCCAGAAGACUGAAGUCCCCCUUUGAGCAAGAACUUCUCAAAAGACAGAAGAGGUUAGAGGAGCUUGAAAAAGAACAAGAAAAUCUUGAAGAGAGAUCUGAAAACGAACCAGAAUUCAUUAAAGUGAAAGAAAAUUUAAGAAGGACAUCUAUUUUAAAUCCGGAGGAGAAGGAUGUCUAAAAAGUUGUUUUCCAUCUGUGGAACAUACUGUAUGUGAUGAGUAUUACUCAUGUAUACAUACAUGGUACAGAACAUCUGCAGAGUGUUAGCUAUCUCCACUAAGUUGAAGCAACUUACAGACAACAGCACUCCCUUUAACUGAAACAAGAAUCCCAGGUUUAUGUAAUAAAGUGAUUUUCAUUCAAGAAGUUCUCACUAAACUGGGAAAAGAUUCUACUCCAGACUUGUUCUUAAAAUGCUCAAUGUACUGUACCACACACCAGGAAAUGGCAUUAUCCUCAUAAACCAUUUAUCUGUUGAAAUCAUCAGUCAGCCUAUAUAACACAGACGGUUAUCUCAGUCUCUGAAAAUACGGUAGGCAGACAGCUGAGAAGGGAUAAAAAACGACAAUGAAAUUCAAUCAGAAAACAAACGUACCAUGGAAAAACAUGAAUUUUUCAGGAGCUUGUCAGUGGUUUUUUGCAGCUUUAGUGACAGUGAGACUCACUUGUGCUAAGAUUUAGAUCUACAUCCUGAAAUAUUUAGUAUUAAUGGAUCUAUUAGACUUACACGCAUUUGCAAGAAGUUAGUGAAACUACAGAUUCAAAGUGAGACUGAAUCUUCUUCAGACACAUAAAGGUAAAAACCUAAAGAUUACUAAACUAUUUAUGAUAUUUUAUGGAGGGAGAAUAAAGAAGAAGUUUUGACUUACCUUUCUGUGAAAGUUAAAUUAUAUGUUGAAAUGCUAUAGUAUGAAAUAUAUAUGGUGCCUGUGUUUUAAAGGGCGUAAGCAUAAAGAGUAUACUAGUUAUGUAUUAUAUGUUAAGAUUAUUAUUCCUAAACUAGUAGAAUUUAAAAUAAAAAGAGGUGUUAGGCAAUUUUCCUAUACAAUACUCAGUAAUGCCACAGAACGUCAGGUAAAAUGGCAAUAUAAACAGUAUUAUAUAAAGCAGGCUGUUAUCACAAUGCUAAGAUAAUAUUCACCCUUCAAUAAUUCUCUAGAGCUCAGAAUGUUGUCCAGACUGGACUGUUCCUGCACUGGUUAAACAAAUGAAGUCAUAUGGCAUUCAGAAUUUCCACAACAUACUGUAUGAAAAGUUUAAUAAGUUUAGUUAAUUAUAUAUUUGAAAAUAAGAAAUAAUUAAUUCAAUAUAUGCUGUAUAUAUUAUGUAUUCUCUACAUGUACAGUACAUGUACACAACAAAUUUUUAAAAAGUGCACAGCAGACCCGACUAGUGAUACUUCUGCUGUUCAUUGGAAGAAUAUUUUGCCGCAUUUAACAAAUACAGACAAUUGCACUUCUGUAAAUAACUGGAUCAGUUGUGACUAUACACCUUGCAAAUUCAAAAUAACAAAAUAAUUAAAAUUAACAGUUCUACCAAAACAUCUCACAGAUUCAGAGACAUGUGGAAAAUGUCUGCUAUUGCACUGUGCAGAGAAUUAUCCAAUUAAAGUGUGUUUACGGAAUGGAUAAAAUUAUAUAAAAUAUUUUAUUUUUUUAUUCUGAUAAUUUCAUAUCCAUACACUCACUUUAAAACAAACAAAGUGGUGAAACAGAGCUAUGUCAAUGGCGAUAUUGUAUUGUAUUGGAGAUAUUGUACACUUAAGAUUUAUUCAGUGCCUUCCAUGUUCUGUAAUGCCAGCUGAGAAGGUAUGAAUGAACUAGAUUGGUUUAAAACAUGUAGCAAUUUUGGACAGUGUACAGUGGCAUUCUUUGAUUCAUUCUUUCUUUCCUUUUCUAAAAAAAACAUCCAAUAUGGAAGAGCCAACCCAUGGAAUGGAUGUAUUCUAAUUUAAAAUGGUCUGUGUUUUUUUAAAAUCUACAUUGCAGGCGAACUGUGUUAGACUUAAUUUCUUCCAGCAUGCUCUCCUGCAAUUAAACUAUUUUUUUCAUACAACACAAAUGCAACACUACUAAAGACUAGUGUACAAGGAAAAUGUCUUAAUUAAGGAACUUGAAAAUCAGGAAUAAGAUAUUUUUUUCUAUGAUAAGUUUUACCUUUUAGAAUAUGAACAAUUUUGUUACAUUUACAUUUGUAUUUAGUUAAAAGAGAUCUGUGUUUUGAUGUGUAUCUGCUGGCCUUUAACCUUUAAUGUUAAACAAAAUGCCACUUAAUUGUUCUUUUUUUUCAAUUGUGUGCAGAUGUGUACUUUUCAUUAAAAUGUUUUUAUUAUCACAAAUAAACUUUCAGUAUAUGUAAUGUUUUGUAGGACAGAUCUGAUUAAUUUAGACAAAUAUGGGUUAUUGUAUUUAAAAACUGGUGAAUACUACAAUAUUUCUCUUUAUUCAUAACAAAUAAAGAACUAAAACUAA